GGACUAGGGAAAUGGGGGCCGGUUUUGGGCGCAGGGCGGCAGGUGCAGCGAUGAGGAGCAGUGCCAGGCGGGCCGGAGUGGGUGUCACCGCACGGCAGCGCGCAGCCCCAAGAGCAGCCCGCCCGGCCAGGCAUGGCAGCGGCCCCGCCGCGCCGCUCCCCGCGCUGAGCCCCGCCGAGCCCCCGGUGUCCCCAGUGCCAUGCCCCCCCAGGAGCUGCUGGACUACUCGCCCGCCCUGCGGAGACACAGCCCCGCUCGGGGCAGCGGCCCGGAGCUGGGCAUCAAGUGCGUGCUGGUGGGAGAUGGCGCCGUGGGCAAGACCAGCCUGGUCGUCAGCUACACCACCAACGGGUACCCCGACGAGUACCAGCCCACCGCCCUCGACACCUUCUCCGUGCAAGUCCUGGUGGAUGGAGCCCCAGUCCGGAUCCAGCUGUGGGACACUGCUGGACAGGAGGACUUUGACUGCUUGCGCUCACUUUGUUACCCUGACACCGACGUCUUCCUUGUCUGCUUCAGUGUGGUAAACCCAAGCUCCUUCCAAAACAUUACUGAGAAAUGGAUCCCUGAGAUACGAACUCACAACCCCCGGGCACCAGUGCUGCUGGUGGGGACACAGGCAGACUUGCGGGACGAUGUCAAUGUCCUUAUCAGUCUGGAUCGCUACCAUGUGAAGCCCGUGCCCCGGCCCCAGGCAGAAGGUCUAGCUGACAAAAUCCGGGCUGAAGCCUACCUGGAAUGCUCAGCCCUGACCCAGAAGAACCUCAAAGAAGUUUUUGACAUGGCCAUAGUCAGCGGUGUUGAGCACAAAGCACGACAGGAAAAGAAGAUGACUGCCAAAGGCAUCAAAACUCUCUCCAAGUGCCGCUGGAAAAAGUUCUUCUGCUUUGUCUGAAGCUGCUCUGAGUGGGGAGAAAAAGAAACACUCAAUGCCAUUAUUGGCUCUGCACCUUCUUGGAGUGACUGCUCCUAUGGCCCCAGCAAGGAGGGUAUGAUAAGCUGGUGGGCUUGGAAACCUGGCUCUUGCUGGGUUCCAGUAUCUGAUGCCCAGGAGACAUGAACUGGAUUUCCAUUCUGCCAGGAUGUGGAAUGGUCCAUGCAGCUAUAAGUACCUGCUGGACAUGUCUGUAUUGUCCCAGACUAAUGGGAGCCUUUACUACACCAAGACUCAGUACCCCAGAACAGGCAGGUUCCUUACCGUGUUCCAAAUGACCAGAUUUCUGUCCAAAGCUAACAUGCUUUCAGAGUUCUGAUGCAGCAUAAUAAACGCGAGGGACUUUUGAAGUCUGCUUAUGUUUUGGCUGAUUUACAGGCUUGGCAGAGAGUAAGGUAGGGGCAGUUACAGGCAACUGUGAGUUGGUAACACGAGACUUGGGUUCCCUCUCUGAUUCUGCUUGCCAAAAUAGGUUGAAGUCACUUGGCUGUGAAAAAGCAGUGCUCUUUCUUAAAGGCUCUGCAUUGUGAGUACCCUUGAGAAGGUUUUUUCUAAAUAAAUGCCACUAGCAGGCUGAAGAGAAAAUGCACUGGGACCUACAAUAGUUCUUUAAACAAAAUGUUCUCUCAGAGGAUUCUGUAGUCCAGUGGGUGCCAGUGCUACAGUCCUACCUGAAGAGGCAGUCGUAAACUUGGGGACCUAUUUUGAAAGGCCUUUGUUGUGUGUGUUGUUUUGAGAGAAAGAACAGGUGAAGAACAGUGAUGAGUGGCUCUGUCUAGCAGAGGUGAAACUGUGUCAGUGAAGGGUUUGUAACACUAACCACCAAGGGGUGAAAUGUUGAUGGAGAGCCAUGCAUGUAACAGAAGGAAAAGAGAGAAGGAAGAAAAGGAAGAGAAUAAAAAUGGGAAAAAAAGAGAUGGAAGGAAGAAAGGGAGAUGGAGAAGGAAAGAAGAAUGAACAUUGCUAAAUGAAAGUUGUGAUUCUACUUAAUUGAGACGCUAAUAUUCAGGGAGUCUUCUAGGGACCUGGAAAAUUUGCUAGUGAUCUCAAUUUCAAAGUCAUGUUGUUUAUACAUUAUGUUCUGAAUCAAAAGGAGGAGGUGAGAGAGAGAGUUCCUCUUGGUCAGUAAAAUCCUCAGUUUCAGAUCUAUACAGGAAAACAGAAUUUACUUUGUACUGUUCUUCCUGAGGCUGCAGAACAGGAACAGAGGGCUCAGGGCUUCUUAUUGUGCUUCCUUUUCUUAAAAGUCACUGCUUGAUCUGCUGAAAUCAAAAGUAAAGGAAAUCUAUGAAGUUCCUACCAGAGAAAAACAUUUACUAUGCUCUGUUCCCCUCUCACCUGUUUUUCAGAGGAUUAAUUUCCCAGUGAGUCUAUUCACAUUUUAUUACAGAACUUAACUAAACCUUGUUUCACAGAGACAUUUCAUUCUGGUUUAUGUAGCAGAGAGCGUGACAGGUCUGUCAAGCAAUGGUUUCAAUACUUGGGGUGUUUUCUGGCCAUGACCCAUCACUUGGGGGAUGCUCUGGAGUAAUGUGACAGAAGGGGACAUAGCUGUGGAUUGUUUGCCCUGCACCAAAAGCAAGCAUAUCUGAGCUAGUGGGCCUGUAAAUAAAACAAAUGAAAGUAAUGCAGCAUGGCUCUAGAUCCAAACAUCUCUCACAACCAUCUCUCUCUGUGGCACAGCUCAUGUGGUCCCCGGGAUGUGAGAAAAGCCUGCUCUCUCCUUGGGCAAUAUUACAGUGUGAAAGAGGUGGGCAAGUCUUCUUGCGAAGGGACGUGGCCCACAGCCUUGGAGCUGCUUGUAGCGUAGGGCUUAGAGACCUGAGAAGGAUGGUGUGUCAAAAUGAGCUAAACAUUGAAAGGGCUCCCCAAGCUGAAAUGCCAUCUGGCUCCAGUGAGGAGUCCAAAGAGACAGAGCAUACAUAAGCGGUAGCCGGUGGUGCCAUGUCCUACACUCCUCUAGGCAGGACCUACCUCCAGAACAAAGCUCUCACUCAGCAACGCAUCCCUAUGUGUUUCCUACCUGUACAUUUACCUUUGCUGUACCAUCAGUUCAGUUUGUUUGUUGGGUCUUCACUCAUUUCUUUAGCCUGUGAGACUGAGGGCUGGGGUGUGACCUGCUGAGGAGCUUGCCAUACUGCUAUGGAGCAAAUCCAUGGGUGGAGAGAACACCAGCCUCCCCUCCUGCUGCAGAGAACAAGGGUUGUCCUGCAGUAGCUUCGUAUGAAACAGGGAUUAUUUCACUCUGGAAGAGAAACUGUACUGAGAGCUGCUUUCUUCCUCUGUGAUUGUGUCUAAUAUUUGUUCAAAUAAAUUUUUUUAAUGUCCACAA